AUGGUGAUGGAUGAGAAAGCAUCAGGACAGAAGGGUGUGAGCCAGGCAGAAUGUCCCCCUUGUGUCAUAGGAGAUGCUGGCAGUCUGAACACAGGAAAGACAACGGUAGACAUCACCGUUCUCCCAAGGGCAGCUGUUGAAACAGAGAUGCAACGGCAGCGCUUCCGGCAGUUCCGCUUCCAUGAGGCCAAAGGGCCACAGACGGCUUACGCCCAGCUCCGUAACCUCUGCCACGCGUGGCUGAAACCCGAGGAAUGUACCAAGGAGGAGAUCUUGGACCUGUUGAUCCUGGAGCACUUCCUGGCGGUCCUUCCAGGAGAAAUGCAGAGCUGGGUCAGGGAAUACGAGCCAGAAACCUGCACCCAAGCUGUGGCCGCUGCAGAGGAUUUCAUGAUGGUUCUAGGGCAACGGGGGCGAGUCACCUUUGAGGAGGUAGCUGUGUGCUUCACUGAGGAGGAGUGGGCCCUGCUGGAUCAGGACCAAAGAGCUCUACACUUGGAAGUCACGCAGGAGAACUAUACAAACGUUGCGUAUUUGGGUAAGAACCCCUUCCUCCCCGGUGAUGAUAUGGGAAACAUUUAA